UAAGGUCCAAUUAUAUGUGAUUUUAAUAUAAUUAAGUGUGUGAUUAAUUCACUCCCUGGCCUGAAAGGCCCCUAACAUGCAUCCAAGGGCUAAAAGGUUUGAGAUUUGUGACCCUCACAAAUUUCCCUGUGCAAAUACUUAUCACUGAUUGUUCAUUGAUUUGUAGAGCAGCUACUAUCUGACACUUCCUGAAAGUUUCCUAAGUGUGCAGCCUUGGUCUGCCCCUCUUGACUAAUUUCAUCACACAUUGUAAGGCACAUGAAGCUGAAGGAGUGGCUGGGGAGUGGCUGGCUCAAUACUAUAUGCAAGACACCCCAGAGCAGCAGAAGUGGCAACGAAGGAGAAGCCGACAGUGCCAGUGGUCGGCACUUGACUGCUCAGUUCGCAGCAUGGCGGUGAAGCAGCGACCACGAGAGGGAGUAUGCCGCUACAGAAACAGGCCUGUAGCAAUCCCUUCUGCUGCCUACCUUUCAAAUUACUUUUUAUAGUUUUUCACACAGAAAAAUUACAAGAUUUAGUCAAUAAACAAAAAAAUUAUUAUUAAUUCAGUUUGGAGAUGUAUUCUCACUCAUAUGCGGCAAAUGUACCAGAUACAAUCUACUAACAGUUGCCUUGUGAGCGAUAUCAGCAAUGUGGUCUCAUAUAUAACUAUUUUAUUCUGUGAUGUAGCAUGUAAAUUUUGUUCACAAGUUGGAUGAGUUAUUCUUGUAACAGAUAUAACGAGUAAUGUUUUGGUACAUUUGAUUUUUGAUGAACAAUAGGAAAGUUGCAUAUUAAAGAGUGUGCUAUUAUUUAACUGUCAUUUACAGGUCUUUUACUUACAGGUCUGAGGAUAGUUCAUGUGUAUCACAACUAAUCAGUUAAUAAAAAAAAUGAGCUAGACAAUAACCUGUUUUACAGUGAGCGAGCACAGAUCUUCUUUGUGGGCAUUGCCAAUUUUUGUAUAAUUUUGUUACGUGAUUGCAUUUGCCUCAAAUUUGAUGUUUUGUUAUUGUUAGGUGUGUCAGGGUGUUUAUGUGGGGGAAUUUUUUUGAUGCAUCCCAGACCAUUUUAAUACAAAUUAUGUUUCAUACUUUUUUGCAUUUUUGUAGUAAGUGAAAUAAAUUUUAUUUUACUUGGUGUACAGAACACUAUACAAAAUUAAAAUACUACAGUUACAAUGAACUUAAUUGGUACUUGAGUGAUUGAGACGGUCAAAAGAUAAUUAUGCUGUUAGAUGUAACCAUAACACAAAUAUUAUUAUACGUAUCUUACUAAGACACAUUGGCGCAGAGCAAAUUUGUAUUAUGGAAAUCACAGGAAAUUAUAUUACAUGUUAAUACACAAUAUUUACUAAAGUUUAAAAGUUCAAGAAAUCACCCAAGUGUUUUUGUUGUUUAUAAAGCAUCACUAUUAUUUACAUUUAGCUAAGAAGUACUAUUUAUCAGAAUUAUAGAUGCUGCCUCAGUUACACUGCUGAGUUAUAAGUUUUAGGAUGAACAACAAAAAGUAGUUUACCAAGGAAAAAGAAUACAUAAGCAAUUCUAUUCAUGUUUUUAAAAUAUUAUAUCAACACUUCAGAUCCAGUUUUUCUUUCCCAAUAUGGCUCGUGAUAUUGUUGAGCGAUUCCUGCAGGAGAGUAGUGUAGAUGUGCAGACGUAGCCGCCAUUGUCCAGCUGCCAUCUCUUCAAAAUUUAUUUUGGGGAAUAGGUUAUGUUACCAAAUGCCUGUUUGACACUUGCAGAAUUUAAGGGAGUGAUAAGUUUCUGAAAUAGCUGGGUUUCUUCAAAACAGAGUGUGACUUCAAACUGAAUAGAUGAUGUUUCAUUAAAACAACUGGAGUAGUAAAUGAGAUAAAACAUUUACAGUUUGAGUCAACCAUAAGGUAUAUUAAGUUGCAUUUUUUUAUACAGUAAUUAUGAGAAUGAACUUGAAAGAAAACAAAUGCUUAAAGGUCAGAUGGGGGGACCUGUUGAAAUCUGCACUCCAGUAUACUGUAACAAAAUUGUACUCUGCUAGAAAUCAGAUGUCUAGAUUUACACAUGUUAUGCUCCAAGCGUUUGUUAGUAUUGUUCUUCAGUAUGUAAGCACAAGUUUGUGUCAUUCUUGUAAUUAAUUCCUACUUCCUUGAACUGUCACCAUCAUGGAAACUACCAUUGUACUUCUGAAUACAGAGUCACUGAUAAAACUGUCAGAAAUGGAGAACUGCCACUUACAGUGCACAGACCUGCCUGAUUGGCAGUGAGGAGUACUACAGGAAAUACAUCAGCAUUUCACACAAACAAUUACUACAAGUCAGCAGCAGUGACCUACUUUAAUUUCUCUGGGCACCUGCAUCAAAAUAUUUGAUACUGUCUUCACAUACUUCUGUAAAUGGUUAAGGGACCUAAAAUGGAUUGAUGCGAAGAACUCAAAAUCUUCAUAAGUGGUAUAAGAAAUGGAAAUAAAUUGCUGAGUGAUGAUUUGGAAAUCUACAAUGAUGACAUUGUCCAAAAGCUUCUCCAAAGUGGAAUGGCCAUUUCAGUAACAACAUAAAUAUUUAGUAAAUUCUGGAACAUUUUCUGUAAUAAAAAAAAUCCAUUAUUUACAUUUGCAAUAUUUCCCUUUGAUUUCUGGGACCAAAAUAUUAUUAAUAUAAAUGUGAAUUAAGUUGAUUGCAGUAUAAUAAUGUAUGUAUUAAUUCAACAGUGAAAAAUUUAGGAUGGAAUGUAGCAAUAUUAUGAAAAGGAUAGUUGCUACUUAGCACAUAGUAACACAGUCAACUGUAUGUGCACAAUUGGUGGAAUUUGCAUACAACCUCAUUGCUACUCCCUCGGAUAGAAAAAACAUCACUGUUACGGCAAAUGUAAUCAAGCAAAGUAAUAUAUAAUUAGUAAGAAGGCACUUGAUGGACAUUUUGUCAAACUAAAGAGUGAUAUUAAGACAUGACAAUAGUAAUCCAACAUCUCUGAGUCAAUUUUCAUCAUCAUUUGUGUGUUACGCAUUGUUGUUAAUUUAUAAUGACUUCUGGUUAGGUACUCUAAUGGUUAUUGUGCUCUACAUUCAUGCAUUAUAAAUCAUUUUUUAACCUACUCAUCCUGGAGAUAAUUGGAUUAACAUAAGAUUGUUUGCACAUUAGGUCAGGUUCUCAAAAUUUCUGGAACAGCAACUGUAACUGCAGUUUGAAGGAAAAUAUCUGACAUGGAUUAUCUGUAAUUCAAAAAUGAUUGAACAUUUGUCUGUGCAGAACUUUUGAGAAUCAUUACUUUAGUGGCUGAAGAUAGUCAACUCGCAGAAAAUUUUUUUCUCUGUUGUUCCAAAGAAAUCAGACUUCGCUUGUAAGCGAUAUCACUGUGGUAUCUCAGUCAGCGUUAUAUGAGAGUUCCAAGUCUCUUGAGGACAGCUAGAUAGGAUGGAUGAGAGCAAUAGGGUUCAGCUGAGAUGGAAUGAACAUCAAGUUACUUUGGCAACUGUUUUUGAUGCCCUGUUGUGCUGAGGGGCGACAUUUAAGAGCACACAAGAUAAUUCUUUCAGCUUGUAGUCCAUAUUUUAAGCAGCUGUUCAUUGAAAACUAUGAGAAGCACCCAAUUAUUAUUCUGCAUGAUGUAAAAUACGAUGUGCUGAAGGCUUUCAUGGAUUUUAUGUACCGUGGUGAACUAAAUGUACCGCAAGAGCAGCUUACUGGUGUUCUUAAGCUCUCAGAGUCCCUUCGGGUGAGGGGACUAUCCGGCAGUGGACUUGUGGAUGAUGUCAAAAUGCAGAAAGGCUGUGGAAGAAAUGCACAGUCAGUACCUGUAGAAACUAUCCCAUCCCAUCCCAUCCCAUCCCAUCCCAUCUUGCUUCUGUGUCACGCUUUACCUCAGGUCAGAACGAGCCAGAAGGGAUGGUGCAGUCAUUUAUAGAAUGCUCUCCAUGUGUGUCAUCUCAGGAAGGAGGUUCUAUGGAAGUAGACUCCAUUUCUAAAGCAAUUAGAAAGUCGAGAAAAAAUAUUAAUCACUCUGGUUCUGAACAGGGAACACACCAAAAUGCACUUUAAGAAGUCAUUACUCCUGAUUUUGAUAGUGUGCAACUUCCAUCUCAAAGGCAAGUACUGCCCACAACCACCAACUCAACUGGUAGACCAGUUCAUAGCUCAUCUCGGGUGCUAAAAACGUUACUGUCCGGUAGCCACACCACUGUAUGUUUGUCGUCAUACACCCCAGUUCUUCUUUAGUCUACAUGUAGUGAGUUGCAGAGCUCCAGAGGAGAAAUAGCUGUUAAAGAGCAAUUUUUAAUAGCAGAAGCAGUAUUAUCUGACAAAAGGUCAGCAAGUCUGAGUUCACAGCAGGAAGUGGUAUCACUAGAAACCAAACCUGAGAGCCUUGACAAUAACAUGGAAAUUGCAGAAGACCUUACUCUUGAUGUUGACGAUGAUUAUCGUGAUGAUUGGAACGGUGCUGAAGUUUGCAUUGGUGAAGUCGGAACAGUUAGUGAAAGUCUUUAUGUAUGAAGAGAAUUUUCAAUAUCAAGGAAUUCACAAUUAGAAUUCACCAUUUGGUGCUGAUAUUUUUGGUAAAAUGACUCAGGCUGUAUUAGAAAUCGGUUUAGUUGUAAUUCUUAUGGAAAGUCUUAUAAGAAUCCAUCAGGUCUCCAGAGGCACAAGAGGCUACAGUGUGGUAAAUAACCGCGUUAUCAGUGCCCUCGAUGCGACUAUCGGUGCGCUAAGAGUGAUAAUUUAAAAACACACGUGGCUACUCGCCGUUGUCGGGUGCAGAAAAAGUGAGCAAUUUUUGAAGCUGAUGUGUGAUGAUAUCAACUUAACACAGAGAAAGGGAAGAGUGUUGUCGAAUGAGUUUCAGAUAAUCGGUGAGGACUUUUUUGUGACUUUUAUCUCAUCAGUGGCAGUGUAUAUGUGUGAAUUGCGUUAGAAUAAAUUCAUCCCUGUAUAAAUUUUUCUGCUAUGAGUACAUCUCUAAUUUAUGUGGAAACUGGACAGUCUCAUUGCAUAUAAAGUAAUUUUCCUCAAUAUCUAUAUAACUUGCUACUUAAUAAAAUAAUUAUACCUGCAUUGAUGUUAUAUCCUCAUCAAUUAUACAUUUUGUUGUAAACAUAAUAUUGUUUUUGUGCGGAAGAUCUAAUUAUAUUACUUCUGAUGUUGUAUUGCUGGUAUGAAAACAUUAUAGAAUGUUGACAGCUGUGACACAUAUUUGUGAAUUACUACCUGAUAAUUAUGCCAAAAUUAAGAAUUUGUCAACCAUAAAUAUAUAUUGUGUUCUGCCAGAGUGACAUAAGAUGAAUGGGCUCAUUAAACUUUUUGUAGGAAAGAUAGUUUUGUGAUUUGAGACAUUUUUGCACUUUUUUUCAUAUUUGCUACCAGAAAAUAACUAAAAAUCCAUAAAAAAGAAUGUGUUUUUUACUGUCAUUUAUUCUCUGGUUCUGUUCUCCACUUGAAUCCUCCACAGCUCCAAUAAUGCAAAGGGUGCAUGUAAAUUAUCUUUUACAAUUUAAGAAAGCUAUAUUAAAUAUUAACAAAUGAUUUUCAACAUGUGAUAAAAUAACUUGUAACAUUUUGUUUCUUCAUUCGUACACAUCAUUGUCUGCACCAUUCUUGGUGCUGUUAAUGUCUUGUCAGAUUUCCAUUUCUCUCCAUAUUCGAUUCAAGAUCUCCCUGCUAACAUGUUCCGUGCAUUGG